AAAAAAUAGAUGAUCUAGGGACGACAUUUUACCGAAUGGUCAAAGUUAGCGGUUCGGUCUGCUGCCAGUGUGUGUUUCCAAGUGAAGUCGAAGGUCCCGGCUCUUCUCCAAUCCAAACCGGUAUGUCGGAUGAGGAUUCUCGUGCCAGCACCAGCUCUUCUUCAUCACCGCCUUCUUCCAGCCAAACCAGACAGAGGGACACGUUUUGCAAAAAGAAACGGGAGAGCAAAGCCAGUAUGAGCAAGACCUCCAAACUGCUUUCCACCAGCGCCAAAAGGAUUCAGAAAGAGCUGGCUGAUAUUACACUGGACCCUCCGCCGAACUGCAGGUGGGCUUCACUAUUUGAUUUAAAGUCUGUUGUGUGUCCAUUAGUGUACUCAUUAGGAGAACACUGAUCCCACUAGUUCUCU